UUAUUUAGGUGUGCAGUUAGUAAGUUAGCCAGCAUGCAGUGCAUCUGGACCCUCUCCCUGCUUCAGCUAGUUGCCCUGUGGGCCAACGCAGCUGUGGUCACUGAAAAUGGCCUCCCCAUCCUCUGGGACCAGGCACCCAGCCAGCUGUCAGAACUGCCUCAGGUGGACAACGUGGUCACAAUCAACCCCUGGAACUACCUGCAGAGGAUGAGUCUGUAUAGGAUACUGAUGGGAUCCACAGACAAGUACAUGGCCUCCAUGGGAACCAAUGAGACUGACAGUCUGUUCUGGGGCCUGCCUCUGCAGAUGGGCUGGAAACUCAGAUCAGGACGGUUGGUUGACCCUACUGGCGCUACAACAUGUGGAAAGGAAGGAGAUCCCAUGUGCAUUUCUGCUACAAGCUGGUGGGCCUGUGUGAACUACUACCUUUCAGUGAUCCCGUUCCUGGCUGCUGUGCAGAAAGACGUGAUUGGAGAUGGUCUCAUUCAGGUCCAGGUACAGACACCAGCUGAGGCAGCAGAGGACUACUGCACCUCCUACACAGAGUGCUCUACUAAGUAUCCAGACCUUAUGGCCAAGUGGGAAGAAUUCUUCCAGACUCUGAAAGAUGUGAGUGCAUCUGAGAUUUCUGACUUUGAGAAAAGGGACCAGAUUCUGGGUGUCUAUUGGGCAGGUCAACAGCUCUCUUUGAAUACUGCCUCAACCAGCUGCAGGGCAAAGAUGAGCUACUAUUCCAGCCCAGAGGUUUCAUUCGCCAAAAACUGGAUGAACUCUGCAGACUACGUAGCAGCAACAUACUUCCAGUCCAACCUGAAUAACUCUGUGCUGUUCAUGAGCCCUCUGCCCAGCAGGGUGCUUCAGGAGGGGGAUAGCGCCCCUAACAUAGCUGACCUCAGCAAGGAGGAGAACCACACCCUCUAUAUCUUUGGCUGGAUGACCAGAAUGAACAGGAUUCUGAUGGGUUCUCUGGUGAGGAUUUGGCGCUCGGCCAUGUGCUCUGACAAGGCUCGGGAGAAGGGCCGGGAGCUCCUACAGGAUCUGGUCCAUGACCCUAAGUUUGCUGCUUCCACCUUCUUCUCCAUUCUCAAAGAGAUGACACGCAGCUGCUGAGGAUUCAGCAAAUCAGUCCGACACUCCAACUAGCUCAGUUUCAACCUGUCCCAAAGUUAACAUCAGAUGCCAUUCAUAAUGAUUAAUUGUUAAAUGUUUCUGAAUACAUUUCACACAGUAGUAUUUACACAUCCUGAGUUUUUGUAAUUAUUAAUUUUCCACAGUAGGCAAAUGUCCUUGUUGAUUAACGUACAAAAAUUUAUUUCUUGUAUCAUGAAUAUAAUAAUACAUUUAAAUGGAAGAGUGGCUCAGUAUAAAGAGCAUAACAUUUUGCUUGAAAUAUGAACAUUACAGCGCCUUCAGAAAGUAUUCACACCACUUGACUUUUUCCACAUUUUGUUGUGUUACAGACGGAAUUUAAAAUUAAUUAAAUGUAUACAUUUUUUUCACUGGCCUACACACAAUACCCCAUAAUGUCAAAGUGGAAUCAUGCUUUUAGACAUUUUUACAAAAGUAUUCAACCCCUUUGUUAUGGCAAGUCUAAAUACAUUCAGGAGCAAAAAUGUGCUUAACAUAUCAGAUAAUAAGUUCAUGGACUCAUCACUAUGUGUGCAAUAAUAGUGUUUAACAUGAUUUAUGAAUGACUACCUCAUCUCUGUACCCCACACAUACAAUUAUCUGUAAGGUCCCUCAGUCGAGCAGUGAAUUUCAAACUCAGAUUCAACCACAAAGGCCGGGGAGGUUUUCCAAUGCCUCGCAAAGGGCACCUAUUGGUAAACAUUUUUUAUUUUUUUUAAAUGACAUUGUAUAUCCCUUUGAACAUGGCUGUGUUAGGAGAAAACUGAGGAUGAAUCAACAACACUGUAGGUACUCCACAAUACUAACCUAACUGACAGAUUGAAAAGAAGGAAGCUUGUACAGAAUAAAAAAUAUCCUAAAACAUGUUUCCUGUUUGCAACAAGACCCUAAAGUAAUACAGCAGAAAAUGUUGCAAAGCAAUUCACUUUUUGUCCUGAAUACAAAGUGUUAUGUUUCAGGCAAACCCAAUACAACACAUUACUGAGUACCACUCUCUGCAUUUUCAAGCAUAGUGGUGGGUGCAUCAUGUUAUGGGUGUGCUUGUCAUCUUUAAAGACGGGAGUUUUUACAGAUACAAAUAAAUGGAAUGGAGCUAAGCACAGACAAAAUUGUAGAAGAAAUCCUGGUUUAGUCUGCUUUCCACCAGACACUGGCAGAUUAAUUCACCUUUUAGCAGGACAAUAAACUUAAACAAGGCCAAAUAUACACUGGAAUUGCAUACCAAGAAGACAGUGAAUGUUCCAUUCAAGCCAAGUUACAGUUUCAAUUUAAAUCUGCUUGAAAAUCUAUGGCAAGACCUGCAAAUGAUUGUCUAGCAAUUAUCAACAACCAAUUUGACAGAGCUUGAGGUAUUUUGAAAAUAAUAAUGGGAAUAUGUUGCACAAUCCAUGUGUAGAAAAGUCUUAGACUUAACCAGAAAGGUGAUUCUAACAUGUAUUGACUCAGGGGGUUGAAUACUUAUCUAAUCAAGAUAUAUUAGUGUUUUAUUUUUCAUGAAUCUUUUACAAAUGUUAGAAUUUUUCUUCCAUUUUUACAUUACAGAGUAUUUUGUGUAGAUCGUUGACAAAAAAAGUGACAAUGAAAUUCAUUUUAAUACCACUUAGUAACACAACAAAAUGUGGAAAAAGUGUGUGAAUAAUUUCUGAAGGCACUGUACAGCAUAUAUCACAUGCCAACAUUUGUAUUGAUCUUUACACAAACAAUAUGGGGGUAGACUUUGAGCUUGGGUUAGAUAUGUAUUAGAUAGUCAUCAAAACCAAUCAUUCACUUCUAUACUAAACCUGUUUUGCAGUCUGCAUGGCAAUUUUUUCUGAUUUCUUCUUGUCUGUUAUGUGAAUACUUUGGUCAUUAAAUUUUCUCCUGAUGCUGUCAA